AUGAUGUUGUCAGAGAAGGAGAGAGACGAAGUGACGGUUGUCGUGUUCGUCGAGGUAUAUCUCCAAUUAUCGUGUUCAUUAAGUUACAUAUCUGGUGAUGAUGAACUAGAUCUAAACUUCGUCAUUGUCGAAGCUUGGUCGGCUGAACUAGGCAGCGACACAGGCGAAUACAACAAAGAAGAUGAAGCGCAGAAGGAAAAUAGGUGGCCGACGGAUCCAUCCGAUGUGCGUGGACAGAAAAAUAACUUCGAUACCGCCUUUCAGGAACUCGAGGAUAAGUUUAAGGGAGAGAUAGAGAAAGUGAAAAACUGGAGGAAAGCUUUAGCUGCAGCUGCAGGUUUGUCUGGCUGGCAUAUCAAGGAGACAGGGAAUGGGGGCGAAUCUGCCAUCCUCAAGGACAUUGUUGCAAAGAUAUCAAAGAGCAUACAACCUCGUGAUUUGGAGAAACAUCUAUUUGGUAUCGAGUCUCGGAUAGAUGAAUUAUAUCCAUUAUUGGAUAUGGAAGCGACAGAAAAGGUCCACAUGGUAGGGAUAUUGGGAAUGGGAGGAAUUGGUAAGACAACUCUUGCUCAAGCUUUAUUCCGAAGAAUUAAGCAUAAUUUUGAGGGUUGUAGCUUUGUUAGAGAUGUUAGAGAAAAUAGUUCUAGUAAAAAAGAUGUAUGUGCCUUACAACAAAAGAUUCUAAGAGAAAUUUUACAUCAAAUGGAUCCUGUUGGUAAUGUGAGUAUUGGUUAUCCGACUGUGGAUCCUGAAUACGGAGCCAACAUGAUACGUGAACGAUUCUGCCAUAAAAAGCUGCUGAGCUCUUCUGUUGGCAUGCUUUUCAGAAAAGUAGCCCUCCUGAAGGGUAUGAGGAGUACUCAGAUCGUGCAAUAUGCUAUGCUAGCGGCCUUCCUCUAG